AUGGUUCAUGAUCAUGCUCGCGGACAAGCCAGUUUUCAAAUGUUUUAUCGAGUCAAAACUAGAGUCGCAAAAGCCAAGUUAGGGGUGAGAAUCGGUCGUGGGGUUCGCAAUCGGGUCAGGAUGUGUCUCAACCGGGAAAUGCGAGUAACUUCUGACACGUACAUGCCAUCUGAAGAAGAAGGGUCUUGGUAUGAGUUCAUGCACGGAUACAUGCCGGAGUCAGCCAGUGACGCGGAUAGUGGAAACUAUCGGCAUUAUGGACCUUAG